CAAGCCAGUGUUGUCGUUGGAAUCACUUUUGUCUUUCUUGCGUGUAACCUUUUGUGUACCUCUCUUCUUACAGUGGAUAGCUUUGAAAUACCCCAACAUUGCAAUAUAUGUGGAUACAUGUCGAGAAUGCUAUGAAGCUUAUGUCAUCUAUAAUUUUAUGGUUUUUCUUUCAAACUAUCUAACCAACCGGUAUCCAAACCUCGUAUUAAUAAUAGAAGCGAAAGAUCAGCAGAGACAUCUGCCGCCUCUGUGCUGCUGUCCGUCGUGGGCUAUGGGAGAAGUUUUAUUAUUUAGAUGUAAACUGGGUGUUUUGCAGUACACUGUUGUCAGACCAUUUACUACCAUUAUUGCUUUAAUUUGUGAACUAGUGGGAGUGUACGAUGAAGGAAACUUCAGCUUCAACAAUGCUUGGACUUACUUGGUUAUACUUAACAACAUGUCACAGCUAUUUGCUAUGUAUUGUCUGGUGCUGUUCUAUAAAGUACUACGUGAAGAACUGAACCCUAUCCAGCCUGUUGGCAAGUUCCUUUGUGUGAAGAUGGUAGUUUUUGUUUCUUUCUGGCAAGCUGUGCUUAUUGCAUUGUUGGUAAAAGUUGGAGUUAUUUCUGAGAAACACACCUGGGAAUGGCAAAGUGUGGAAGCUGUGGCUACGGGCCUACAGGAUUUUAUCAUUUGUGUUGAGAUGUUCCUGGCUGCUAUUGCGCAUCACUACAGUUUUUCCUAUAAACCAUACGUUCAAGAAGCUGAAGAAGGGUCAUGCUUCGACUCUUUUCUUGCCAUGUGGGAUAUUUCUGAUUUAAGGGCAGAUAUAUCGGAACAGGUUCGAAAUGUUGGAAGGACAGUUUUGGGCCAGCCAAGAAAAAUGUUUUUUCCAGAGGAUCAUGAACAAAAUGAGCAUACGAGUUUACUGUCUUCAUCUACUCAAGACCCAAUUUCUGAUGCUUCUUCAAUGCCAUCUUCGCCCAUGGGUCAUUAUCAGGGGUUUGGACACACUGUGACACCUCUCACAACACCAACAACAGUCCCUGCAGUUGAUGGUAUUUAUAACGCUCCAGCUAUUCGAGACGCUGAGGAGUCACCCAAACUAGUGCACAACUUAUCAGAGAAAGCUUUGGAUAAAAGUUAGACUCACCUUCUCUUUGAAGGAGCCUGUUAAAAAAUUCCCACACAUGUUCUAUUAACAUGUCCUAUUAGUGAUGAAAGUUGAAAAGCUGGGAAAAGCUACUGUGCAGACAGGAAGAGGCUAUGGCUGUAACUGACUUUGGAAUUCUGAAUCUCUAACAGAUGUGAGUAUCUGUGAGGACCCCACGACUAUGAAACACGCACACUGGAAAAGUUUCUGCAUUAAAUUUAAGAAUCAACUCCUUAAACUGCUAAAAACUUACAGAUGAUGUCAAAAUUACAACAACUUCUAUUAAUACAAAAGAAACAUUUGAGAAAAUGCUCUGCUCUUCUUACGGUGAAGUGUGAGUACCACUAGCAAUGGGAAAACUUAAAUUUCAAGAAUGUAAUUUAAGGAGGGCAGCAGCAAACAAUGUCUUAGGUUU